AUGGGUAGUAAAGGAGACUUCAGUUUAAAGGUAAGAAACAAGGAAGUGGUGGCAGCGAUGUUGCCAAUGCAGGGGCACUUCCUGCCUCUGUCCAACCUGGACUUGCUCUUGCCUCCCAAUGACGUCGGCGUUUUUUUCUGUUACAAAAAGCCCAUAGCCAGAGAAGGGGACUCGUCUCUCACAUUGAAGUUUCUGUCCAUGGUCUCUGUUUUGAAGAAGGCCUUGGCCCAAACUUUAGUGUCUUACUAUGCAUUCGCUGGUGAGAUGGUUCAGAAUACUGCCGGUGAGCCAGAGCUUCUCUGCAAUAACAGAGGAGUCGACUUCUUCGAAGCUUUCGCGGACGUUGAGCUUCGGGAUCUCAACCUUUACAAUCCCGACGACAGUGUCCAAGGUAAGCUUGUCCCCAAGAAGGAGCAAGGGGUGCUCUGUGUUCAGGUGACGCGUUUGUUUCCUUCCUGUGUCUCUCUCUAA